UCCUGUCAAUCAACCUGACUGACAUUUCUGUCCAGCGCUCGUGUUUUCGCGGCGUAUUUUCAGUCGCUAAAAUAGUUACAAAUUUUCACAUGAUUUUGAAACGUAAAUAUCAGACAUUACGUUUAUCAUAGACCGUUAUGUUGUGUUAAGGACGGGCUAAACUUCCUUAUUGAGAUACAGCACAGAGAGCGGCGAAAAGUUCGGGUUUUUUCCAUAUUCUUAGAAUUAUUUGCCAUUUAAAUGGUUUAUUGUUUUCAUUUUGGUUUUUAUUUCACUCUAGUGCGAUAGUCUGGUUUGGGGAUUUCCUGCGACUAUUAAAUCUAUAGCUAGCAUUAUGAAGGGCUUAUGAAGCUAACUCUUUGUCAUAUGGUGUGUAUAUAUAGCUUCAAAAGGCAAUUUGAGAAUGAUAUGUGAUGGAGUAUAGGGUUAUAGGUUGACUUUAACGGUGUAAACAAUAGUUGAAAAUGUUGAAACGUGGAGCAGGUGGCAAAAGCUACAGUCCGUACGCGACGACUCAGAGGGUUAAGAAAACAAACAGCAAAAAUAAAUUGGACCUCUUACCAAAUAGAUCCAACAUCUGGCUCAAACAGCUCUCUGCUCUUCAAGAGCAGCCACGGAAAGAUGCAAUCGAUGCCGCCACUUCUUCCCACACCUCUGCCAGUCCCUCUCCCUCGAUCCUGGAUGUCCCCUCUUCCUGUCCAUGUACCCCCUUGACCCAGCACACUAAGCUGGUGGGCUGCCCGUCCCCGAUGGGCACCCUGAAGCGACCCACUUCUCUGAGUCGUAAUCCUAGUGCGGCGGGAUUCCCAAUCCAGUCUUGGGUCUUCAGUAAGGGUGCAGGAAAAUCCGUCAUUACCCAGAGUCCCUCGCCCGAGACCCCCGAGACCACGGUGGCUAUUGAGGUGGAGGACAUUCCCUCACUGCUACGUAUGGUGGAACGAUUUGCCAAGGCGGUGGAAAAGCUAAAAGAUGUUGUGCUUGAAGACAAACAGGAGAACCGCAGACCGUUGGCCCAUGAGUGUUUGGGGGAAGUUUUGCGUAUUUUGCGGCAGGUCAUCAGCAUGUACCCUCUCCUCAACACUGUUGAGACACUGACUGCUGCUGGCAAACUCAUCUCACAGGUCAAAGGAUACCACUAUGAGGUGUGCAAUGAAGCAGACAAGAAGGAUUUUGAGAAGGCCAUCGAGACUAUAGCUGUAGCGUUUAGCAGCAAUGUCUCUGAACUUCUGAUGGGAGAGGUGGACAGCAGCACUCUGUUGUCUGUGAUGCCCACAGAGAAAAGCAGAUCUAUGGAGAAUCUUUCUGGUCAUGAGUAUUCACACACACGGAGUGACUCAUCUGAGCUAGUAAUGAGUGCAGAAGAGGUGGACAUUAUACUGCAGCGCAGUGAAGGGGGCGUCGACUCCGCCCUGACGUACGCCAAGACCAUCUCCAAAUACAUGAAGGAUCUGAUCAGCUAUGUUGAGAAAAAGCUUGCACUGGAGCUAGAGUUCUCCAAGGGUCUACAAAGGAUCUAUCAGUCAUGUAAACAGACCAUCACACAGCCUCAUAUGCCGUUUUUCUCCAUUUACUCUCUGGCAUUGGAGCAGGACCUGGAGCAGAGUUCUGGGAUGCACCAGGCAGCCUCCACCCUGCAGAACCAAACCUUUGUCAUGCCUCUUCUACUCCGCAAACAAGAGCAUGAGAAGAAACGCAAGGAGAUCAAGGAACAGUGGUUGAAAGCCAAGCGAAAGCUGAUGGAGUGCGAGGUUAACCUGCGCAGGGCUAAGCAGGUCUACAUGGCACGCUGUGAGGAAUUUGACAAGGCGAGGACGGCGGCUAACAGAGCUGAGGAGGAGGGUGGAAGCUCUACCACCAAAACAGUAGACAAGAAGAAAAGACUGGAGGAAGAGGCACGCAACAAGGCUGAGGAGGCGGAGGCCACAUACAGGACCUGCAUCGCCGAUGCGAUCACACAACACCAGGAGCUGGAGCACAUGAAGGUCACAGUUCUGCGACAGAUCCAAGAGGUCAUCAAACAGACUGACCAGACAAUUCGCUCAGCCACCAUCUCCUACUACCAGAUCAUGCACAUGCAGACAGUAGCACUGCCAGUUCAUUAUCAGACACUGUGUGAGAGCAGUAAACUGUAUGACCCCGGACAGCAGUACGCUACACACGUCAAAGACCUUCAGAUGAGUGAAGAGCCUGAGAAUCAUUUUGAGUUUGAGCCCUAUUCUGCCUCCACCAGCCAGCCGUCGGCCAGAGUUCGUGCUGACAGUGCUAAUGCAGAUGCUCGGAGUACUGCUGAAGUACUGUCCUCUGCAGGAGAUGCAGGAGAUACAAGCUCCUCUCAAAAAGACGAACAGAAGAGAGCUCGAGGUUACAUGACCCACAAAUCCUGGGGCUCUACCGUGAGUGAUACAGACAGUGUGGGAGGAGGAAGUGGCCUGGGAUCCCCUACGACCAGCACUGGUGACAUAAGUAAAAUGGCGCGGACAUCAUCAACUGGAACAAUGUCGUCAAAUGAAGAUCCAGAUGAGAAAGACUCAAAUGAUGCUUCCUUUGAAACUCCAAAUAUAAAUGGCAUCGAACCUGAAAUGGCAGUGCCCACCGGGCCGUUUCGGAAUGUCGGGUUGUCGAAAGCCGCUCAGACGCACAAAAUGCGUAAAUUGCGCUCGCCGUCCAAAUGCAGAGAAUGUGACAGCUACGUUUAUUUCCAGGGAGCAGAGUGUGAGGAGUGUUUUCUGGCCUGUCACAAGCGCUGCUUGGAGACUUUGGCCAUUCAGUGCGGCCACAAGAAACUUCAGGGUCGCCUGCAGCUCUUUGGGCAGGAUUUCUUGCAAGUGUCUGCCAACAGCCCUGACGGCAUCCCCUUCAUUAUCAAGAAAUGCAUCGGUGAGAUCGAGAGAAGAGCUUUGAGAAUGAAGGGCAUUUACCGGGUGAACGGGGUGAAGACACGGGUGGAGAAGCUGUGCCAGUCAUUUGAGAAUGGCAAAGAGCUGGUGGAGCUGUCCCAGUCCUCGCCACACGACAUCAGUAAUGUACUGAAGCUCUACCUGCGACAGCUUCCAGAGCCUAUCAUGCCUUUCCGUCUGUACAAUAAUUUGAUGGGUCUGGCUAAGGAAAGCCUGGCAGUAGUGGGUCCAGAGGGAGCUGAAGCUGGUAAAGGGCCUGACCUGGUGGACUUUGGCCCUGAAACGGACCCUGAACUUCUGGCCCUUGUGAGCAGACUUAAAAAUCUGCUUAAAGAGCUGCCAAAACCAAACACCAGCACUCUCCGCUACAUAGCACGGCACUUGAGAAGGAUUGCAGAGCUGGAAGACGACAAUAAAAUGAGCCCAAGUAAUCUAGGUAUCGUGUUUGGCCCCUCACUGAUGCGGCCACGACCUACAGGAGCCACAGUGUCACUAUCCUCUCUGGUGGAUUACCCAUUCCAGGCACGCAUAGUGGAGACCCUCAUCGUGUUUUACUCCUCCAUCUUCCAUUCUGAAUCCAGUCGGCCUGCAAGCACUAGCACAGCCCGCUCGCAGUCGCUACAACAGGAAAGCAGCAUUGAUGAAGAACUCUGUUUGAAUAACAGUGAUGAACCAGCGGUCACAGAUGAACGUAGUGGUGCAGAAUUGGACAAGUUCGAGGGCCAUGAGAGCCCUACUGGAACCCCAAGCUCUCUGGUGCAAAGUCUGGACUCCGAAUCCGAGCCAGAGGAUGAAGGGGGCAGAUGUGAACUACAACCCCCCAGCCCUACAGACCCCAUAAUCCCACCCGUCCUUCUGGUAAACCUGCAGAGCCCCUCUGACUCCUACAGCCACCCCCCUGCCCUCCCUGAAAGUGAACCUCCAGAAUUAGACGAAUCAGAGGACGUACCAACAAGCUCACUGGCAACAUUAAAUAUCAAUUAGUCUAACAACAACACUGAAACAUUGGUGAACGAAUACCAAAUUCAGGACAAAGCCAGGGUUUGUUGAAAUGUGAUGAAGUACCAAUUUGUCAUGAAAUAUUUUUAUAUUUAAAAUAUUUUAGCUCAAUUCUUUCUUUUGAUUCAUUGUUUUGUUUUUUUUAAAUACUUAUCAGCUUUAUUUUACAGUGGUACACUUCUAGUGUUUUUAGGCAAGUUAUGAUCAUAUAUUGUAUCAUAUGAGAUAAUAUACCCAGUUUGGACAGUGUUAUAUUGAAAUGUCUCUUAAAUUUGAUGUGUGCUUGUAUUUUAAUAAAGAAAACA